UACGCGGCGCAGGUGCGUGUGCGAAUCAGCGGUCGCGAUUCGAUAUCGAUACAUAUGUAAUUUUGUUGACGGCCAUUUUGACACUGCGAAGCCUUCGAGUGAACAGGACGAGCAUUUUGCAUGCUGUUAUCCAUCUCUCUUGAGCGAACCGGUUUUGAAUGACCGUCGUUUGUUUGCCGAUUGCAUCUGGAUUACGAGUUGUAUUGUGAAACACUACUUUGUGUCGUGUUUGAUGACCAAACUCACUGCCUGAACUUGCGCUGGACCGCCAGCCAUAUUUUUCUUUCUUCCAUAUCCGUGAAAACACAACCGAGAGACACGAUAAUGCAGAAAACGUAAACUCACAAACAUCUGCACUGUGGUACUCUUAAUAUUCCUCUCUUGUAAAGAGCGGAUACAAAACCAGACCUUGUACAUUUCCUCAGCUUCUAAAAGAAGCAACCAAUUAUAAGAAUAUAAGAUAUUGUUUAUAUAUAUUGUAUAUUUGUAUAUUUGCCAAAGAAAAAACUCUUUUAAUAUUCAGAUUCUCUAUACAAACGGCAGGCUUUGCCCCCUGCCUCUUUAUAUACGGAGUCAACUUUCUUGCACAUAACAAUCAUCAGUGAGAGUUUCCUCUCAUCAGAUCUCAGGGAGAUUGAAAUACGCGCCGUUCCUUUCUUAGGAGUGGUGCUUUUGUACUAAAAAAAACUCGAGAAAAAAAAGAAACGUGUGAUUGUGAGAGAUGGCUACUGCACCGCUACAGCCGCAAGAGGUUAAAAUGAACAACCAUGGUGCUAAUAGUCCGGCUCGCGGAGCCGACAUGAACUCACAGAAGACGGCGCCGCCUACUGCAGCGAUGGCCAUGAUGUCUAUGAAACAGAAUCAGAACGGACCAUCGUCCAACGCCAAUGCUUCGUCAGGGAGCAAUGCUGCAAAAGCGAAAACGGCAGCGACAACAAAUAACUCCACCGGAAAGUCAGACAGUGGAGAUUGGAAAGCAGGCUUGAAGAAACCACCUGUAGAUUCCAGAUUCAAGACGAGCGAUGUGACAAACACAAAAGGCAACGAGUUUGAAGACUACUGUCUGAGCACCGGACUGCUGAAGGGAAUCUUUGAGAAGGGUUGGGAAUGGCCGUCACCCAUACAAGAAGCCAGUAUCCCUAUGGCGUUAUCUGGUCACGACAUCAUCGCAAGAGCCAAGAACGGAACAGGCAAAACAGGAGCGUUCACGAUCCCAAUGCUGGAACGGACACAGAUUGAUAGAAAUGAAGUGCAAGGUUUAGUGUUAGUACCAACCAGAGAGUUGGCCCUUCAGACCAGUCAGAUCUGCAAGGAGCUCUCCAAACAUCUUGGCAUUCAAGUCAUGGUAACAACAGGCGGGACCAGUCUCAGGGAUGACAUCAUACGCUUGCAACAAACCGUGCAUUUAAUAAUCGCCACACCAGGUCGUAUCUUGGACUUGUGUCGUAAAGGCAUCGCCAAGCUGGAUAAAUGUGGAAUCCUUAUCCUGGACGAGGCGGACAAGCUGUUGUCGCAAGACUUCAAGCACAUGUUAGACGAUCUGAUCACGUUCUUACCCAACGAUCGUCAGAUUAUGCUGUAUUCGGCCACCUUUCCCACGACAGUCAAGUCCUUCAUGUCAAGAUACCUCCCCAAUCCAUACCAGAUCAACUUGAUGGAAGAACUCACACUCAAAGGCAUCACGCAGUAUUAUGCCUACGUCAAGGAGAAAGAGAAGGUCCAUUGUUUGAACACUCUCUUCUCAAAGCUCCAAAUCAACCAGUCCAUCAUCUUCUGUAACUCAGUCCAGCGAGUCGAGCUGCUCGCUCGUAAAGUGACGGACCUCGGGUACUCUUGCUUCUACAUCCACUCUAAGAUGCAUCAGGAGCACAGAAAUCGAGUCUUCCACGACUUCCGCAUGGGUGCCUGUCGUAACCUGGUGGCUUCAGAUCUCUGCACUCGUGGUAUUGACAUCCAAGCCGUCAACGUUGUCAUCAACUUCGACUUCCCCAAGCUAUCUGAGACUUACCUGCAUCGCAUCGGCCGCUCUGGCCGCUUCGGCCAUCUCGGUCUGGCCAUCAAUCUGGUCACUUCGGAAGACCACAAAAGUCUCUGCCUGAUUGAACAAGAGUUGGCCACCGAGAUUCGCCCGGUACCCAGCGAGGUGGCCAUUGACAAGAGCCUGUAUGUUGCCGAGUUCCAGAUCCCUGGCGGGGAAGGCGAGGAGAAGAAGAAACCGGUGUCAGCAGCGGGAUCCAAGUCCCAGCCUACUAAACCCAAGCAGGCAGGUGCCAAGUAAAGGUAUAUGUAGCAUAUGACGGCAUCUGUCGGAGUCUCCGUCGAAAAGUUCUUGAUUGUUGUUGGUUUUCUCAUUCAGAAGUUGUUCUUUUCAUUGUACAUUCAUGUGAAGUGGUGAAAGAUUGGUUGGUUCUGACAAGCAGAUGUGUUCUUGGUGGAACCAGCUCCGAGUUAGGUUAUGUCUCUUAAAACGUAAGGCAAGCAGGAUUCAUUGUUUCCUGAUCCUGUUUGGAGCCCAAUAUCACAGAGCUGCAUUGCAGAGACUGUAGCUAGGAAGUUACACUGGUAUAAGAUGAAAUUGCUUUGUGUCAGAUUAAACGUGCUUAGCGUAUCUCUGCUUAACUUCAGUUUCUGCUCAACAGCUUUGUGGAAUUGUCUGCAGUUUGUUACACUAAGAUACUCUAACAUAGAGGGAGAAAUACGUUCAAUGCACAUAUCGAGAAUGUUGAGUAAUGGAAGAAGAUAAACGUUCACAGGUCACUAUCAUGACCAAGCUUCAAGACUUACUGAAAUGCUUUAGCUUUGUGUGAGAUCAGUUUGCUUGAAUGUGUUUUCCCCUCAAUGUUGGAGUGUGAUUAGAUUCGUGUGGUGGGCAGAUCUCUUCAAUUUGCAAAAAUUUGGACAAGAAAAAACAAAUGUCUUUGAUUCUUUGUAAGAAAAACGGAAUUCUGUUGUGUUUUCACCAACUUAAAAAAAAGAAUCGCAUUCGGCUCUGAAAUUAUUUUAAUAUACUUUAAUUUAUCAGAGAAAGAAAAUCUCUUUCAUUUGCUAUGUGUUGUCUGCAAUUGUGCCUGAACGUAAAAUCAAUGCAGAACUUGAAGACGUUGAUUAAGGAAAAAAAACUGUAAUUAUUUAAAUUUUCUGAGUUGGGCCAUCAAAUGCUGGUACUAAAAAAAAAGAAAAGGCCCACAUUUUGAAAGAAAUCACAAAGAACGCCAUUUUAUUUUUGUGAAUUGCUAGCGAGUGUUGAGUACAAGGCCCCAGUGUACUCAAAAUCCAUACAUUUUAGUUAAAGAUUAUUCCUGAAUCUGUUCAUUCACUUUGUUUGUUGGAACACCAUAAUGUGGUUCUUCGAAAAGCGAAACACGGCCGUAUAAACGUGAAUUUGUUUACGAGGUGGGAAAAAAUGGCCAGGAAGAGGCAUCAGAAUUUUCAGGAUGCUACGAAGUAGAGUCUCUCAUAUCUGCACAGACCGUCGUUUGUCCAUUGCAUUGUGCCUUGUCCAUGGAAUAGUUUACAUGGAAUGCAGCGUUAAUGACUGCUUAUUUAACAAGGAGUUGGUUGAAGUACCACGGAUGACGGAUACGCUUUUCUGCAGAAGGAGAUACAAGCGACGGGAUGUUUUGAACAGAUGGCACUAGACAUGGAUUAAAAGCUGAAAUAAUUAUUGAGCAUUGACAGCACGGACAAGAUACCAGAUUUAUGGGCUGUGAGCCGACAGAGUUUCCGACACGUGUUUUGCCUACAUUUUGACAAGUUUGUCGUGUUUCAUACUGUACAAAUGUGAAUAAAUUGAGACUUUGAUGCGGGAUCUACAUGAGAGAAAACAGAUGUGUAGAAAACCUUGCAGAAAAAAGUUGCACGCUUUGGAUGGUUCAACUGCAGAUUUGCAUUGAAAAUAAUAACACUGAAUGCCGAGUUUUCACUGAGAGCAUUCAAAUAAGAUGAGAAAUAUUAGGAGACGCCUUUAAGAUAAAAACCAAACUGAACUCUUUGUUUGGAUGAGAUGAACUUGUACGUGAAUGCUACAAGGCAAGAUGUUUGUGCGACUUGGAACAGUGAACAGUCCACUAAAAUUCACCGAUCCUGGAUUUAGAGGAGCGAUUUGAGCCACUCGAAUUUGAAGAAAUUUCUACUUGAGACGGUUAAGGUGCAAAGGAAUGCUGACUUACGAGGAAACUACUCAUUAAACCGUAAUGCACCCAUGAACGAACAGAUCCAAGUAAGCAAAUCAACUGACGUGGUUAUCAACGAGAGAACAUGAUCACAUCAUCAUGACAUCAUGUUCAACCAAGAAAGGUGCUACCCAGGAUCAAGCGUGUCUAAUAAUGGAACUGAUGUUUAGAAUGAGAACCACAGAUAUGGUGUUCCUGAAAUACUUCCUUCUACAUGUUAUCCUUUUUUUUUUAUCGGCAACGGAAGUCAUCGUUUUAAACUAUCGCAAAGGCCAGCUUACACGCAUUGCAAACAGAAAACAAAGUUGUUAGAAGGUUGAUAGUAUAAGCUAUCUGACAGUUCUGCAUUUUGUAAGACUACGUAUCGGUCUCUGUAACAUCAACAGUUCAUUACAAAUAAGGAAAGAUACUGUAACAACUCGAGUGCACACUUGGAAGACUAUUUGGUGCAAUUUCGACCUCCGCUCCAUUUUAGCAGUGUGAGGAAAUUGAAUGGCUACUUAAGAUCUACUACUAAAGCCAUGUAAUAUAAGAUUGAGUUUAGGACUUUGUGGAACGACCACAAGUUUCGUUCCCCAUUUUGUUGAACUUCCCAAGUUCAACGUAAUGACUAUCUAUUCUUGUUUUUUUUUUUUUCAGUAAUUAUUUUGCAACUCCGUAUUUCUUGACAGAUUUCGAGAAACUAAUGAAAGAUGGGGCUUAAUUCUAAUGAUCAGAUUUACUGAAAUUUAGUUUUCCUAUCCCUUUUUUUAAUGGCCAUUCCAUUUGACUUCCAUACAGUAUCUUGUUACCGAAAACCAAUCAGCCUCAUUUAUUCAAAUUUUUUUUUUUAAAUUGGACUUAGAAGAAAUAUGAAACAAAAGUCCUGUGCCAAAACUGAGUACUCUAAUUUCGUUGAGAAUUUGAAAUUUGUUUAUGAAUUUCGCAAGAGUUUCUAAGGAUGAACUUCUUCAAAGAAAAGUUAACAAAUUUAUCUCAAAAACUUGAGUGAAUAUCAUAGAAGAUAAGAUUUACUUAGGGCUAAAGAAAAAACAGUGGUUGAGGAACUUAAUGAUGUUCACUGGGGCCAACCACUGGUUUUUUUUAUUAUUAUUAUUUUUUAUUAUUUUUUAUUGCUUUAAAUAUUGAUGAGUGAAAACAUAAUAUGUAAAAUGACAAUUGCAGGCAGUGCUAAAAGAACAAAGGUAUUGUCACAAUAUUGUUCACUUUUUUACAUCUGUUUUUUUUGUUUAUGUUGCACGAGCUACACCAUUUUGUUUUUACAUGCAAGUGUACAAUUCUUCAUGUCAAAGUGGUAUCCGACGUGAUGGAAGCCUAGGAGUUUCUCUGUGACUAAUUUGAUUAAUUAUCCCUAACAGAACUCAACCCAUCCAACCCCAACGGCAUGUUUUGUUGGAUUCGUCAGGAUGGGUACAGUACCCCUAAACUGACAGUUUUUUACAUUGGGUUGGCACACCCCAGAAACAAAGUCAGAAAUACAUGUUUGUGUGUGCAGUUUCCCAUAUGGUGUUGGAAUUUGCCAGGAUGGGUAUGGUUCCUCGUAAAAGCAUCCUAGGGAGUUACGGUUAAUGAGGACACUAAUUGGCUCAUUAGUGAAUCUCUGUUCAUGAGGCUGAUCCACCCUUGUCUCCAUCGUGCCAUGUUGAGGUGCACAAAAAAAUGGGAAGAAAAGAUACUAAACCCUUUAUGAAAUGAGGAGCAAGCAAAAUGACCCAGUAAAUUGGAUAUGAAGAGUGUUAAUUGCAGCAAGUAACAGGCCUCACUGUUUGGCAUUUAACCCUAACCCCAUCGGGUAUUCUACCAGUACCCUGCUAAUUGCAACAAUAUCCAACUCAACUCAAAUGAAAACCCUGCUAAAUGCAACAAUCUGCAACAGUGGAUUCUGUUGCAUUGUGCAGUGAACCCAAUGCCUACCAGCCUUGGCACCAAGCAGUUACCCUGCUAAAUGCAACAAACUGCAACAGUGGAUACUCUUGUAUCACCUUGGCACUAUACCCUGCUAAAUGCAAGAAACUGCAACAGUGGAUACUCUUGUAUCACCUUGGCACUAUGAGCAGUUACCCUGCUAAAUGCAACAAGAAGCAAAAAAGCAUGGGGACUUGAGUUGACUGCUAAAUGCAACAACUUGCACAACUUUUUACCGCUGUUGCAUUUUGUUGCAUUUAGCAGGUUUAGGGUUAAGUGAUUGUGAAAUAGUUGAGAUAGAAGUUAAAGUCGUAUCUGGUUAUGGCUGCCCAAAAGUUGCAUCACUUACAAAACCAUGAAACGGACACCAGAUCUGAAUGUGUAAUUGUGUAUUGUGGGAUACCGUUCAUAUGCCGUGGAGAAUUGUACACGAACAGACUUAGCACAAUAGCCUGGUACUUUGGUUUGUCUUUAAGCAUUAAGAUGGUGUAAACGUGAAUGACAAAAUUUGAUUGAAGCAAGUACAUGUAGAGUUUGAUUUGUGGCACAUUUUUCUUGCCAUGGGAGCAAGUCUAUCAGUCCAACAUAAAUUUCCAGGAGAAAUUUGAAGCAUUGAACGACUAGUUCAUUGUUUUGAAAAGGCUGAUGAAGUUAUUAAAAAAAA